UUGUUGUAACAAAAUUAGAAUUAGAAUGGCAAUAGUAUCAGCAGCAUCAGCAAGAUCACACACCCGGAAAAAACCCAAAUCUAAUUCUUCUUCUUUUUUCCCUUCAGGACUUUUCUUCAAAUUUCUCCUCGUCUUCAUUGUCGGGUUUUUCGCAUGGGCUUAUCAAGCGGCUUGUCCACCUGCUCCCAAGAAAGUUGGACCUCCAGAUGGACUUCCCAUUACAGCACCUAGAAUCAAGCUUCGUGACGGAAGACAUUUGUCCUACACAGAAUUUGGUGUACCAAAAGAGUCGGCAAAAUACAAAAUAGUUUUUGUUCAUGGCUUUGACUCUGUCAAGUAUUAUGCUGUUAUUGCCACAACAGCCUCCCCAGCUCUAUUUGAAGAUUUAGGGAUAUAUAUUGUUUCAUUUGAUCGUCCGGGUUAUGGAGAAAGUGAUCCAGAUCCUAAACGAACUUUGAAGAGUUUAGCCUUGGAUACCGAAGAACUUGCUGAUCAGCUGGGACUUGGUUCCAAAUUUUACGUAGCAGGCCAUUCAUUGGGCGGGCAAGUGAUUUGGUCUUAUUUGAAGUACAUUCCUAACAGGCUAGCAGGAGCAGUUCUUAUAGCUCCAGUAGUUAACUAUUGGUGGCCUAACUUGCCUGCAAAUUUAUCCCAACAUGAGUUUUCAAAGCAGUUUGUUCAAGAUCAAUGGAGCUUUCGGGUUGCUCACUACUAUCCAUCACUGACCUACUGGUGGAACACCCAGAAAUGGUUUCCUUCUCUCUCUGUUAUUGCUCACAGCCCUGAUGUUCUUUCUCGCCAAGACGUAGAACUUGUGCCAAAGUUUACUGCUGGCAGAGAACCUGUUCAGGGACAAGUGAGACAACAAGGAGAAUAUGAAUCCAUCCACCGUGACUUUAAUAUUGGAUUCGGUACAUGGGAGUUUGAUCCAAUGGAAAUUGAGAAUCCAUUUCCAAACAGCGAAGGAUCCGUUCAUAUAUGGCAGGGCGAUGAAGAUAAACUUGUUCCUGUAACACUGCAACGCUAUAUAGCCCAACAACUUCCAUGGAUUCACUAUCACGAGCUUAAGGGUGCUGGCCACAUGUUCUCUUACGCUGAUGGGAUGAGUGACGCUAUCCUAAAAGCGCUUCUACUUGGUGAAAAAUAGCUAAAAUCAUUCUUAUUGGGCUUGUUUGUACCUGUGUACAUUUUCAGUUUUUCAUGAAUAUUCUUUAACAAGCCGUUAGCUUUUUGUAACAUUGUUUCUCUUAUAUUAUGGGCCUCCUUCAGGUA